GCACGUAUUGGAAUGCUCAGUUUCUCUUCCCUUACGCUUUCUAUUUUUUCUUUUAUUGGUAUCCUUUCAGUAUUUUCUCCCCGAGCCGUUUGACCUGAAAUUGCUUGAAGCAAACCAUUACUCACUCUGCCUUGUCUGACCCUUUUUAAUCAAGCACAACUGAUGUUGCGUUAUGAAUAGAUUCAGAGAGACUGGAUUACGCCUCGCGUUUUUUCACCGCCUUCCCAUUUCUCUUGCCUUCAAUCCACACGUAAGACAAAUAAGAAAGACUUUUUUUGCUGAAGGGAGAAAGUGGGCUGUUCAAGUUUUUUCCCCCCCUGCGAGAUUUCCCUCGUCUCUCAGUCUCUCUCCCUUACCUUAUUCAUAGACGGACGGAACACAAGUCUUUGUUAACCUUUCUAAGGAUAUUUGAUUUGGGACAGCCCUUUAUUGACACCACAUUUAGCAGCAUCCAUUUAUCCAGCGGGGCGCGGAGAAGAAUACACCUGUCCAAUAAACAACGAAGGACACACGCAAACUAAGAAGGAUAACAUUAGUAUUCAGUUGUUCCUGAAGAAAGCGCCCUUACCUCAGCGGAUCAGAAAUGCCACUACUGCUGCUGCUGCUGUGUGCCGUCUGUCCACUCAUACUGGCUUCCCAGUCCAGUUCUGAGCCAGGACCAGAUGACACAAGACUACUGCAAGUCACCAUCCCCGCGUCAGCUGUGUCAGCUGUCCUGGGCGGCUCCCUCACCCUGCCCUGUCUGGUGUCCCUUUCCCGGCCGCCCCCCUCACCCUCUCCGCAGGGCCCCGACACCGUCCUCUCCCUGCCUCGGGUGAAGUGGAGCAUGGUCUCAUCAGGCCGGGACACAGAGGUCCUGGUGGCCCAGGGGGACAGGGUGAAGGUUAGCGAAGCAUAUAAAGAGCGGGCGUCGCUGCCCAAUUACGACACGUCCCCCGCUGACCUCACUCUGCGGCUAGACAGCCUGCGCUCCAACGACACCGGCUUCUAUGUCUGCGAGGUGCAGCAGGGCCUGGAGGAUGCCCGUGACCUCAUUCAGGUUAAAGUCAAAGGUGUGGUGUUCCACUACCGGCACGCCUCUAGCCGAUAUGCUUUCACGUUUUUGGAGGCCCGGUGGGCCUGUGAAGAAAUUGGAGCCUCCAUGGCCACACCGGAGCAGCUCCUGGCAGCCUACCACAGCGGCUACGAGCAGUGUGAUGCCGGCUGGCUCUCUGACCAGACUGUCAGAUACCCCAUACAGAUGCCACGAGAGGGAUGCUUUGGGGACAUGGAUGGGUACCCAGGAGUGAGGAACUAUGGGAUACAGGAUCCUGAGACGCUAUUUGAUGUGUACUGCUAUGUGGAUGACAUUGAAGGCGAGGUGUUCUACAACCCUCUGAGCCUCACCCUGGAAGAAGCCACGGCUGUCUGCCAGCAAGCGGGGGCGCGUCUGGCUACUACCGGUGAGCUGUAUGCGGCCUGGAGUGAAGGCAUGGACUACUGCAGCCCUGGCUGGCUGGCAGAUGGUAGCGUCCGCUACCCCAUAGUCACCCCGAGGGAGCGCUGUGGAGGAUCCGAACCAGGAGUCAAGACCAUAUACAGUCACAGUAACCAGACUGGUUUCCCUGAGCCCCACAGUCGCCAUGGUGCCUACUGUUUCAGAGGCAAUGGGAAUUCCCACACUGAUGCACCCUUGGAACACUGGUCCACAGAGCCAGGGGACGGGGACCAGAAUAUAGUGACCCUGACGGACCCCGUGGAAGAGAUUAGCCUGGGCCAGGUCAUGGAGCACGUGGAGAGUGAGAGAAAGGGUUCUCUGGAAUCCGUGAAGGUUUUUGAUAGGCAAUCCCAUGGAGAAAAGGCAGCAAUGCAGUCCACCAUGCCCUACAUCAUCACCCCUGUGUUCAUUAGCCAGGACCACCUGUCCAUAGGAGAUACAGGAUUGCCUGUGCCAGAAGACAAAUACCACAAAAACUACCGGAAAAAGUUGGAAUCUGGGAGGAGGCUUGAAGAUAACGGAGUGGGAGGAACAGAGGGAACCUCUGUUUCCACUCUCCUUUCACACGAAGACCAAGAUCACUCAGGUGCUGACUCCCACCAGGACCAGUUUGGCACUGUGCUGCCGGAUGCCUCCACACCUACACAUGAUGUGGAGCAGGAGGCUGUGGGAUCGACAGUGGAAAUGCAAGUCUCUGACAUUAAGAUAGAAAGCACAACCUCUGUGCCCUUGGAGAGUGGGUCAAGUGAAGCAUCCGGUGGCAACGAGGAAAUAUCUGUCACUCUAAUGACCCCCGUACCCUUCACUCUGUUCGGCCCUACCUCUGCCCGCUGGCCAGUGGAGGUGGAGGCCAUCACCUCCAAAAAUUUGGAGACCAGUGUACCCUCUGGCUUUGAUGAGAAAAGGCUGGUGGAGCAGGAGGGUAAAACGGCUGUUGUGCUGUAUUCCCCCUCCAGGCAGGACAGCAGCGGAGCAGGUGAGGAAUCAGGGAGUGGUCAUAGUGGGGAGUCUGGGAGCUCAUCUGGAGAUCUCUUUGAGCUCUCUGGAGAAUCAGGUUCUGGUUCGGGCACAGAAGAGCAUUCAGGUUCUGGAGAUGGUUCAGCUGUCAUUGACUCUCCAGAUGUCCUGCACCCAAAUGAAACCUCAAUCACACCCGAUAAUUUCACCAUGGGAACCAAUGAAGCCACCACUGCCGCAACCCUAGUGGAUGUUGACUCCACUUCUGAUGACAAAGAAGAGGAGGGAGAACCUGAGCCCAGUACUGAGGCACCAUCCACAGGACUGGAUGUAACUCUUCUACCUGAUGAGUCCCAGACCUCAGACUGGAACACACACCCCUCCCCCACAGGGGUGCAGGAGUCCCGCUCUGACCUUGAGUACAGUGGGGACCAGAUCCCUGACUCCACAACAGCUGUACCUGUGACGAAUGGAAGAGGGGUAGUGGGCAGGACAGGGCUUAUCUCAGAUGCCUGCCUGCAGAACCCGUGUGCCAAUGGGGGCACAUGUAUGGAGGAUGGAACAUCCACCAAGUGCCUCUGUCUGCCCAGCUAUGGAGGAGACCACUGUCAGACAGACCUGGAGCAGUGUGAUGAAGGCUGGGAGAAGUUCAAUGGCUUCUGUUAUAAACAUUUCUACAAGCGACAGGCCUGGGAGGUGGCAGAGCAGCACUGCCGCAUGUAUGGGGGCCACCUGGUAUCUGUGAUGUCCCCCGAGGAGCAGCACUUUGUCAACAAUAAGUACAGGGAAUAUCAGUGGACCGGUUUGAAUGAUAGAGUAAUAGAAGGAGACUUCCGCUGGUCUGACGGAAACCCUCUGUUGUAUGAGAACUGGUAUCGUGGACAGCCUGACAGCUACUUCUUGUCAGGGGAGAACUGUGUGGUGAUGGUGUGGUAUGAUGAUGGGCGCUGGAGUGAUGUGCCAUGCAACUAUCACCUCUCCUACACCUGCAAGAAAGGCACCUCACUCUGUGGUCGCCCCCCUGUAAUCCCCCACGCCCUGAUGUUUGGUAAGCCCCGGCCAUACUACGAGACCAACUCGAGGGUGCGCUACUACUGCAGAGAGGGCUUCCUUCAGAGGCACUACCCCGUCAUCAGUUGCCUGCCCAACGGCCAGUGGGAGGAGCCUCAGAUUGCCUGCAUUUCUGUGAACACAGCAGAUCAGCAGGUCACAGCGCCCGCUACCGAGGAGAUGGCCAUGGAGGACACAGCCACAGAGAAGGCAACACCACAGUUCUGGGACAUUAAGUGGAAUUUCUAAAUCCAUUACUUUCCAUAUCCCUCCAUUUCUGUGUCCCAUACCCUUUUUAUAGACAAUUCCACCUCCUUCCGUCAAAGUUGGAUUCAUAUUUACAAACUAUUAUCUAAGAGCCACAGUAUAUCCAACCUUCUUGUCACCACCUAUUUUCCAAAACACAUCUGUUUUCCUUGACUACAUUUACAUACAAGCAAUAUUCUGAGCAUUUAAGAAUUUUGAAUAUGUGCAUUUCAUAUAUGCAUUCAUAAAAAGCCUGUUUAUAUGGUAUUUUUUUAAUCAAUAUUCUAUUGACAACCACCAGACAGAAAUGAAAAAUAUGUACAUAUCACAUACGAAAAUGCAAAAUCUACAAACAA